AUUGACGUUUUAUCACUCUCAUAUAGAAGUUAUAAAUUAUAGCAUGACAGCCAUAAUUAGAACAAUAUCAGAUGCAGUCAAUGCCGUAUUCUACGGUGUUUCUCUAUUCGGGUAAGGUUGAACUUCAGUUUUUUGGAGUUGAACUGCAAUGAGCAGAAAGAAACAGAAAGAAACACGAGGCAAAAAAAAAGUUUAAUAUACUUGACAUUGCUUGACAUUCAGUUUAGCCGGAACAUGUCAAGUGAUUCAGAUCGUGUCGUUUUUAAUACGACCCUUCUCUGAAAAACUGCUGGUCAAAAUAAACUCAAAAUUGAUUGGAACAGUCUGGAAAGUGAUGCAGUAUAUAUUCGAGAGACGCAAACAAGCGCAUAUAACAUUCUCUGGAGAUAAGCUACCUAUGGAAGAAAAUGCUCUGGUAAUUAGUAACCAUCAAUCAUGGACCGAUAUUUACUUGAUUCAUGCAGUAGCGAACAGAAAGGGCAUGUUGCAAAAUUGUAAAUAUUUUGUAAAAGAUUCCAUCAAAUAUCUUCCAUUUUUUGGGUGGGGAAUGUGGCUUGCAGGUUUCCCAUUUGUGCGCCGUAAUUGGACACAGGAUCAGAAGAAAAUACAAGCAACCUUUGAUACCAUCAAACGAUUAGAAACUCCAGCGUGGAUUAUCAAUUAUGUUGAAGGAUCUCGAAUCACUCCGCAGAAACUUACAGAGGCACAACAAUUUUCUAAAGAGCGCGGCUAUACUGUGAUGCGUAAUGUCCUUUUGCCGCGGACAAGAGGCUUCAUCAGUUGCGUGAAUACUUUGCGCAUCUCUCACAUUAAAUAUGUAUAUGAUCUUACCAUCGCUUAUCAGCAUCAGAUUCAUUCAACGCACUUUCAUCAAGCACCUACGAUGGUGCGUGUUCAUGUUCGAUCUCUAUGGCCAGAGUAUCGGUUUCACGUUCAUUGUCGAAGAUAUGCGAUAGAGGACCUGCCGAAGGACGAACAACAAUUGAGCGAUUGGUUGAGGAAACGUUGGGCAGAAAAGGAUUAUAUUCUAGAAUUAUUGAAAAAACAAUGGACAAAAGGAUUAGAUCCAGCAAUUAUGUGGGCCGAGAGCCCUAAUAAGGACUACGGUACAUGUUCUUAGUUUCAAACCUGUCAACGGUUCCACUUUGCACAUACAGUAUAUAGAGUAUCUUUAAAACCUUUUAUUUAUGAGAGUAAAAUACAUAGAUUGAAAAAUGUUCAGCCUUAUUCAGUCG